AUGAGCGACAAUACCAAGCGCCACUGGCACGGCAACCCCGGUGAUCGAUAUGAGCACCUUAACGUAUGGAUGAAUGGUGGUGCGAAGGCUCCUGCGGACCGGCCUCCGUGGGCGAUGCUGCCGGGGAUGGAGAGCACAACUCGACGGGACUCUGAUUCGUCCACUUCCUCCACCGGCACCAACGCUGCCGGCGCCAAGAACCCUUCCAUCCCCAGCGUGGGCGAGAGACGUCGCUCCAGCGCCUCCCCGGGCCUCUUUGCCAACCUGCAAUCCCAGAAACGGACUUCGGAAGAUCCCAGCUUGGCCACCCGGCGCGCUAGCUGGAAUGAGCAGAAGCCCGCAGGUAACUACUUUUCGAAGUGGUGGGAGGGCUAUACGCGCGGGAAGUAG